CCGCGAAAAAGUGUCAAAAGAGCCACGGGCAGAGGAAAAAAACGAAGAAGCAGCGGGAACAAUAGGAAAAAUUUGGCACCGUCGCGCGAUUCGCGAUUGUGCGUGUGCGUAACAAAGCGAGCGUGCGGUCGAAACAAUAGAAGCGAAAAAUUGCGCGUUUUUUUCCGGGAGAGCCCCACAAGAAAAGAAGCGAAAAAUUUCUCCUUUUCGUGUGCGAAGAAAAAGAAAAGAAACGAAAGUGUGUGUGUGUGUGCGUGUGCGUUUGUGUGCGCGCAAACUGUCAAAAAAGAGAGUUUUUUUUUCGUGAGUCUUCUUUUUUUUGCUGCUGGCCCACCACAAAGUAGGCGAGGAGGAGGAGUCGCGAGCAGAGAGUUCAAGCGUACAAGUUCCGUUCCGUGUCGCGCGGUCAGCAAGUGGCCACAUCAGCUGGCAGAGGCAGGUUCCCGUUGGUGGUGCAGCAAUCCGGAUUCGAAAGGGACCAGGAGGACGAUUCCUUCCCGGGUGCGAGUUGUUCAGUGGCGUCGAACGCCGUCGCCGCGGGUUGUUCCGGAAUCUAGUGACAUCCGGAGGUGCUACCGGUCACCAUUUUCGGCAGGAAUUUGCUGAUUUGCUCGGCACGAAGACAAUUUCGGCUGGCUGGCAAAACUACCACAACAACAACAACAAAUAGUCAAAAACAACCUCCCAAAUCAACAACAACAACAACUUGACGAACCAACCAACCAACAAAUGAUGCAACUUUGGAGUUUCGAAUCGAUAUCCCUAGAAUAACUCGCGCAGGAACAACACGAAACGGAAAGAGAGUAAAACAGUGACUUGACCUUAAAAAACUUGACAAACAGCAAAAAACGACGACGACGACGCCGCCGCCGCCAGCAGCAGCAAUCCUAAAGAAAGAAACGCAAACUAAACUCAAAACUCUCACCUCCACGAUGAAAUUCCCCGGUGGAAAUCCGCUGCUGUUUUGCGAGCAGGUCAGCACGGUGACGUCCUUUUUCGAGCAGUGGAACGACUGCGAGCGGACGGUGGUGCUGUACGCCCUGCUCAAGCGCGUCCCCUUCGCCAACCUCAAGUUCCUGCAGCUGUCGAUCGACUACAACCUGGCCCAGAACUACAGCACCCAGAGCAAGCUGCAGCUGCUCGAGUCACACGCCAACAACGCCAACUUUCUGAACCAGCUCGUUCAGCGGUACCAGACGAGCGGGGACGUUCCCGCGACCAACGGCUUGACCAGCUGCUCCGACUCGGGAUUCCAGGAGAGUUCCAAGGAAAAAAAGAGCAGCAGCACGUUCGACCUGUCGGGCGGUUCGUCCGCUUCCUCCACGACGUCCUCCUCGUCGACCUCGUCCACCGCGUCAGACCCCGCCGCCAAAUGCACCGCCGGUGGCGUAGACAACAAAAGUGCCGCGGAAUCAGCCACAGUGGCGCCUGGUCACCAGGAGUCCAAGAAGGACAUCCUGAACGACAUGCUGGUCUAUCUGCCCCUCCUCAAGCCCGGCAACGACGACGUCAAGUCGGUGUACAUGUCGCUGAUUCCGGCCGCCGUCGAGGACGCCUGCCAGCGGGCCGUGCCGACGGAGCUGGUGCAGCACAUCCUGUCCUACCUGCUGAUCCACCCGGCGGUCAACAAUGACGAUCGAAGAUCUCUCAGCUACUGGCUGCGCCACCUGGAGGAGCACAUCGCUUCCUCGUACAUGACAACGCUGGCCACUCCGUCGCUAGCAGCAGCAGCAACUGCCAACAACAGCAACAAUAACAGCAGCAACUCCAAGCUGGCCACCGUCAACAACAACAACAACAACUACUUCACCCAACAAAGCAGCAAACCUGGCAGCCAACAGUCACUCCAGUUCCUCGCCGCAACUGCCACCCCGUGGCAUCAUCUUCAUCCGCAGCAGCAGCAACAACCUGCUCCACCGGCUGCGAUCGGAUCGUCCUCGUCGUCCUCUCUGCUGAGCAUUUCCAACUCGUCGCUGCUGUCCAAGUCGCAGCAGAGCCUGAACCAAUCGGGCGGAGCAGGUCCCGGAGGAGGCGGUGGCGGAGGGGGAGGCGGAAGUAGCACGUCCAGUUCCAGCUCCGGCCUGGACAGUGGCGCCUCGCAGCUCAAGUCGGCUGGCAGCGGGGGCAGUCACAGCAGUGCGAACAAUAGCAGCAGUACCACGGCCAGUACGACCAUGAUGGUCAAUCUGGAUUGGACCACGUCGACGCAGACGGCGGAAGUGGGUGGGGAGGGCGUGAAGGUGCGUGGCAGCAUGGAGAACGUCACGUUGAAGGAGUUUGGGCCGGUCACAUUCAACUACCCUCGCGAUCACCACCAGCAACAGCAGCUGUCUAGUCAAGCGGUGGCAUCGUCCCAGGCGUUAAACGGCGGCAGCUCGGCGGUCGCCGUGUCCAACAACGCGACCCUAAACGGUUCCGCGGUCGGUGCUGCCACCACCACCGCCGUCGCCACCACCGCAGGCUCGUCGUCGGUGCUGACCGACCUGGACUCGUCGAGCGACGACAACCAUCUGAGCUUCAGCAAGAACGGAACGGAGAUAUUCGACUACGAUUGUGAUUACGACAAUGAGGAAGAGUUGUACAACUUGGCCCGGGCGGCUGCGGCAGCGGCUGUUGUGGCCGGAUCGGGGGUCAGUGGGGCGGCUGGUUCCGCCAUGACCCCCGGCGGCUCGACGGCGGGAAGUGGCAAGAAUCGUGUUUCGUUCGAUGCGAACAUUAGUGAUUAUCUGAGGGUUCCUCCGAUUGGGGACUUGGAGUUGGACGGGAGUGGGUUGCUGAAGACGCGGCGGUCGAACAGUUUGACGACGAGUGUCGGCAGUGGGUGUGGGUUGGUCGGGGUUGGGGGAGAGCUGCACCAUCAGCAGAAACAGAACAACGAAUGCCUGUCGGCGGAGAACCUGAGCCAGUUGAUGCAGAACAAACCGCGGAGUUUCUCGCUGACGAUGGAGAGUCCGCGGUCGUCGCUGACGUCGAGCGGGUCGGAGACGCGGCUGGACGACUUUAAGCAGCACCACCACAUGAUGAAGAUGUAUGGGACGGCGCCGAACGUUGGGAUGGCCAGCAUCGCGCACUGGUUGAAGAGCCUGCGGUUGCACAAGUACGUGUGGUUGUUUUCGAACCUCACGUAUGAGCAGAUGAUGGAGAUGACUGAGGAGUACCUGGCCAGUCUGGGCGUGACCAAGGGCGCCCGCCACAAGCUGGUGCUGUGCAUUCAGAAGCUACGCGAGCGCUACGUUACGAUGGUGCGACUCGAAAAGGAGUUGCUGGCGGCCGGCAGCGUCGGUUCCAAGACGUUGUUGGGGGCCGUGUUUGAAGAGCUGACGAAUAUCGUGCUGACGCCGAUGAAGCCCGUUGGCAGCGACCCGAGAGAGGACAUUGGCACGCAGUUUUUGAAGCUGCUUGAUUUGAUCGCCUCGAUCCUGCUGGUUCGGUCGGCCGUUUCGCCCCAGGACGAGGAGUUUCUGAACGUGUACGUGUGGCUGCUGGAGCGAGCGAUGCACAACGAGGCGUUCGCCGGGCACGUGCUGCAGCUCAAGGAGUACAAGUACAAAGCCAACAAGGUCAAGAUGCAGUUCGGUGGUGGACCCAAAGGAGGUGGGGGAGGCGCAGGAGGGGCCGGAGGUCUCUACGGGAAGAUUGCUGGGAUGGGCGGUGGAUUGGGGGGAAGUGGCGGAUUGGGAGGAAUGGGUGGCGUUGGGCUCGGUGGAGAGCGAGGCAUGCAGCUGAACGGGAACCUGGGAAAACCGAGGUGGUCCGUCUCGAACAAACACAACAAACCGUGCGGUGGAUCGUCCGAGGGUCUCCAAAAGGCAGCCCCCCAUCGCAAAAGCUCGCUGCAGUAUUUCUCCUCGCCAAUGCAGCAACAACCCGGCCAACCGAACCCAUCCGGCGGCGGCUCGUCCUCGUCGCACACGCACCUGCAGGCCAUCCCGCCGCACGGAUAUUACGGCGGCGCCGGAACCGGCCACAACAAUAGCUACAACAAGAGUUCCUCCUAUCCGAACUUUGCCUCGAAUCUUUCCGAGUCGGCCAAGCACCACCGGGGACAUCCCGCUCAAGUGCCCCACCCGCAUCAGGUGCCAGUUCCGCCGGUGCCACCCCAGCAGCAGCAGCAGCAACCUCCGCACGUUCCUCCCCACGGCAACUUUAUGUACCAUCGGCACUCGCUGAACAACAUUUCCGCGCACCAGCACCAGCAGCAAUUUCUACAGCAACUGCAAAGUCAGCAGCAGCAACAAUCGCAGCAGCUACUUCCGUCAAUCUACCUGACCACGAUGGGAGGAGGUGGCGGGGCGGUGGCCAAAAAGGAGCUUCCCCUCAAGGACUCCCAGCAGCAGCAGCAGCAAAAAUCGGACGAUUCUGGCAAGAGUCAGAACAACAACAACAACAACAACAGCAUCGGGGACAUCAACAGCCGGCUGGAGUUUCUGUGUCUGCAGAUGACAGAGCAGGCCAUCAACUAAAGGGGGCGUGCGUGUGGUGAGGACACUCCUUUUUCCCAGUGGGAAAGGUAAGCUAUUAAUUGUGGAUAGACUAGUAGAAAAAAGGGGCGCGCGUAGAACGAGCUAAACUGUGUUUAACUGUUUAUUUUAGAGCAAAGAAAAAGUUUUCGUUUUUUUUCGUGUCCGCGUAAUCGUUUUUGGAAGAACCCCGUAGAAGAUUUAGCUAUAUUUUUUUGUUUAAUUUUACACAAACAAACUUGACCCCUAGCCGAAACGAAAAAAAAAGGUAGCGACACAAUUGAGCAAAAGGAACAAAAUUGUGACAAAUAGAGAAAGAGAUUAAGAAAAAAAUAAGCCGAAUAUGCGGGUAUAUUUGAACACGUGGUAGUAUUUUUUGUUGUGUUAUUUUUAUUGUUGCGUCCAAAGUGUGUGAGUGAGUGCUUGUGCUGCGGCGAAGCGAAAGUUUUCAAAUCUGUAUCUUCUCUUUGAAGAAAGUUAGACAAAAAAAGGUAAUAUUUAUUGUGUCCGCUCCGCAGGCAGCAAGGCAAAAAAAAGUAUAUUUAUACACUAUAACUGUAGACGUAAACUGUUUCUCGCUAACAUGUUUGAUAGAAGAAGGCAAAAUUAAGCAAACUAGAAUGCGCGCACGCCAGAUAAGGUGAAAAUAAACCAAACUCUUUUAGAACUA